AUGUCCCAGAACGUUACAGUUCCAGCUGAUUGCAUCGUUGAACUCCCGGAGGAGAUCGUGGCAUCACUGAAAAGAGAAUUCCGGGACACUUAUAAUACUACCUGUUGUGUCGGCGAUGAACCGCGGUGGUCUCAGAUGGAGUGUAAUCAAUAUGGUGGCGGUUCCUCUGAGUCCCAUCUUGCAACCCUUAUGACCAACAAGACAACUUCCAUAUCCGCUAUAAACAAAGCCAUGGAUUCCAUAGAUACAAGAGUCACAAAUGAGAUUCGGGAAGUCGGCAAGGGACCAUUCGGUGGUCCGCACCCGAAAGUGAAAGGAGUGGUAUGGGAGACACGCGCAUGCGUCCACAUAGAAUGGUAUUGGCUCAUAUUUCCAGGCGCAUUGCUGAUCAUGUGCGGUAUUUUACUCGCGACAAUUAUGGUUACGAAUGCGAAAAAGAAGCAUGUGUGGAAGAACUCAAUUCUUCCGUUCCUGUUGAAGGAUCAUCCUGGCAUACAGAGUUUGAGUAUGAAGGGUGUAGCAAAGGUCGCGGAUUGCUAUGAAGUCAAGAUGGAAACGGAGAAUACAGCAUAG